AUGGUAUAUGAUGAUUUAGAAUCCUCCUAUGUGUUUUCUAGAUCUUGUGACACUGUUAUAAGUACCGAACUGUUUCAAACUGAUAUUGACACAACAAAUAAUAUUGAACCUUUAUACUUCCAAAAGAUACAAAGUCCUAGACCAGUUUCUUCUAAUCUCCAAAGAAAUCUCAGUGUUUUAAUAGAAGAAAAUUAUCAAGCUAGUAUUGUCUCAUACUAUGAUACUAGAACGGAUUAUUGUUGCUCUGUUACUACGCCAAGUCCUACUGAUUGUCUUUUCAGCUAUUCGGACAUAUUUUGGAGUCCACUGGUUCCGCCAUGGUGUAUGAUGACUACCUCCACCUUGACUUCUGACACAGAAGAAAGUUUUAAUUAUAAUUGGUUUUUGCAAGCUCCAAGAUUUAAUUCCGAAAAGUGUGAAUUAGAUUCAGCUUUAAUGAGACAAGAAUCAAUUAUAGAAUUAAAUCACUUUGAUAGCUAUCUUCGAUUGAAAUCGGAUGAUGGUUCUAGCUUGUCAAGUAAUACCUCCAUUGAUUCUUUUGACCUUGGCCGUGAAAUCAAUGACAAAACCAGAGAGCUCGAGAAAUUAUUGGAUAGCGAGCCUAAUUCACCUUCAAGAUGUGCAUCGGUUGAUUACCUAUUGACUAGUCCCCUGUCAUUUACUGCAAUAGCACAACAUUUUCAAUUACACAGAUAUCCUUCUUCCAUGAGUUCUACUAUUUCUGAUGAUAUAUUCUUGUCCAAAGAAAAAUCCUUCUCGGCCAUUCCAUUCAAUGAAUCAAUGCAUCUGGAAAUAAGGAAAAAUAGAUUUGAAAGAGACCAAGAUUCUUUGAUAUGGCUAUUAUGAGGAUAUCAUACUGUUCUUUUGCACAAUUAUUUAUUGAUAUUGGAGUAUAUAGAUAUAUAUUAAUUUAUAACAAAUAUAUUCAAAUCCUUUGCCGAUUCCAUACCCUCAGACAGACUGUUUAUGUUCAAAAUUUUUCUUUUUGAUUCCAAAAAUUAGAACUUUAAACCCUGUUUGCGCCUCAAAGGGGGUAAAAAAUAUGGGUGCAAAUAAUGUCAUGUGCCCUGAAUUUUUCCUAAAUAGAACAGUCCUGCAAAUAAUAAGCAAUUUCCGAGUCUGAAUUGUGGAGAAUUAUUUUAUCAACUUCUGAUUUAUUAGUAUAUCAUUUCACAACUUUUGCUGAAAAUUACAAGUAAUGAAAAUGUAAUUAUAAUC